AGAAGCAAGUGCCUGGUAAUUGCACAAGUGUCCUCCGUUUCCCCGAAGGCCCCAGACAGCUUAGGGCAGCUUCGAGGAGCGUCCAGCCCCCUGCCCCCUCCCUGCAGCUUGGCCACAUCUUACAGCCCCGCUGUGCCAGGCAUUGCCUCGACGCGAAGUGUCUGUCCCCGUCCACAGUGCGGAUCGGGGACAGAAAGGGGUGCAGGGGUCCUCUGGCUUUCGGGGUACCCUGUCCUGGUCCCCAGAGCCUGUGGGGGCUCGGACGAUCCCCUGCCCUUCCCCUCCCCCUGCGCUGCAGAGCCUCUGGAUGCUGCCGUACUCCUGCCAUGUGCUGCCGCCGCCGCUACUGCUGCUCGUAGCUUAUUCGAGCGUGUCUCCGGCUGCAAACUCCGCCAAACAAGGCUGCAUUCCCCUCCCGGGAAGGAUUCCUCGAAGCGAUGAAAUUUCCAAUUGAGACUCCAAGAAAACAGGUGAACUGGGAUCCUCAAGCGGCUGUUCCCUCACCAGUGCCAGCUUGUGAGCCUGAGCCCAAAACUAUCGGGCACUACCCAUCUCCACCAUUCGCCGUUUCCUCCCGAGCCACUGUUGUUGCUGCCAUGGAAGACCCUUCUAAAGGCCGGCAGAAAGUCAUGGAUUGGAGAGCAGUGGUGGCCAUCUUUAUCGUGGUGGUAGUUUACCUGGUGGCGGGAGGACUCGUGUUCCGUGCCCUGGAGCAGCCCUUUGAAAACAGGCAGAAGAACACCAUCGCGUCAGAGAAGGCUGACUUUCUUCGGGAGCACGUUUGUGUCACCGAGCUAGAGCUGGAGACACUCAUUCAGCAUGCUGUUGAUGCUGACAACGCAGGAGUCAGUCCCGUUGGAAAUUCCUCUAACAACAGCAGUCAUUGGGACCUUGGAGGUGCCUUUUUCUUUGCUGGAACAGUCAUCACUACUAUAGGGUAUGGGAAGAUUGCCCCAAGCACUGUUGGUGGAAAGGUUUUCUGCAUCUUGUAUGCCCUAUUUGGGAUUCCACUGUUUGGCUUCUUGCUGGCUGGGAUUGGAGAUCAACUUGGAACCAUCUUUGGGAAGGGUAUUGCAAGGGUAGAAAAAGUUUUCAGAAAUAAACAAGUGAGCCAAACAAAGAUCCGUGUGAUCUCCACCAUCGCCUUCAUCCUGGCAGGCUGCAUUGUCUUUGUGACCAUUCCUGCAUUUAUCUUCAAAUACAUCGAGGGAUGGACAGCCUUGGAGUCCAUUUACUUUGUGGUUGUCACUCUGACCACUGUAGGCUUCGGUGACUUCGUAGCAGGAGGAAAUGCUGACAUCAAAUACAUGGAGUGGUAUAAACCCUUAGUGUGGUUCUGGAUCCUUGUUGGCCUUGCCUACUUUGCUGCUGUUCUGAGUAUGAUUGGAGACUGGUUAAGAGUCCUGUCCAAGAAGACACAAGAAGAGGUUGGAGAAAUAAAAGCCCAUGCAGCUGAGUGGAAAGCAAACGUGACGGCUGAGUUCAGAGAGACACGGAGGCGGCUCAGCGUGGAGAUCCAUGAUAAGCUCCAGCGGGCAGCCACCAUCCGGAGCAUGGAGCGCCGGCGCCUGGGCCUGGAGCAGCGAGCCCACUCCUUGGACAUGCUCUCUCCAGAGAAGCGUUCUGUCUUUGCUACCUUGGAGACAGGACGCUUCAAGGCCUCCUCUCAGGAAAGCAUCAACAACAGGCCUAACAACCUGCGCCUUAAAGGGUCAGAUAAGCUCAACAAGCACGGGCAGGGGGCAUCUGAGGACAACAUCAUCAACAAAUUUGGAUCGUCCGCUAAGAUGACCAAAAGGAAAAACAAAGACCUCAAAAAGACCAUGCCUGAGGAUAUGCAUAAAAUUUAUGAGACCUUCAGAAACUAUUCCAUGGAUGAAGGAAAAAAGGAAGAGGAGACAGAGAAGAUGUGUAAUUCCAAGAAUACUUCUAGCACUGCAGCUCUGACCAACUGUAUCCAGCAGCACUCAGACCUGGAAAAUGGAGUGAUUCCCAAUGAAGCCAAAGAAAGGAAGCAUAAAAACAAAGUGUGACUUUAAGACAGGAGUUAAAUGUAAAUGAUGCUUGACUUGAAUUAACAAUGUUGGUGGUUUUAUAUACAUAUAUAUUGAGACACGUGCCUUAUACAGACUCCUUAUUCAGUCUGAAUUAUAUAGCAUCCAAGAAUAUUUCACUGUGCCAUAAAGACUCAAGCUUGCUCUGCCAAAACAAAUCAGGAACACAGCACUGCAGAAUGGCAACAGAAAACUACGCACAUGGAAAUUUCAGCCUGUAUAAGAUUACCAGGGCAAGACACAAAGGAAGGGAUUGGACCAUGGCAGUAUCACCAGAGGGCUCCCACCAUGGUGUGAUAUUAGACAAAGGGCAGCUAUGCAAGAGAGGCCUAUGAAAGGGAUGAAAACCAGUGUAUCUUUGUAAUGGUGUAUGCAUCCAUAAAGCCUUCCCCUGGUGAUUAAAAAGAGGAGAAAUGAUUGGAGUGAACUAGAAACUUUCAGUAAGGCUUAGUUUAUGUUUUGGCACGUGAUCCCAGCUAGAUUUUUUUUUUCCCUGUACUGGAGUCAGAUGCAUUACCUUUCUAAAUGCCAAAAGAAUGUCCAUGGACACAGCUAGCAGCUGAGUGCUGGUUGGAAAAUCAACAUAGAUAUAAGUAAGGGUUGGAUUGCUCUUUUCAUUAAAAAAAAAAAAGAAAAAAAAAGGAAAAGAAAAAACAAAACAAAAAACUCUGUGGGUAUUUAUCUUAAGCAAUGAAAAAAACCAAAAAAAAAAGAAAAGAAACAAAUGUUUUUUUUUCUCAUGUAGGAAAAUUCAAUGUAAAAUCACAGCAAGAAAUGCAUAUGAAGAAAAUACAACAUCUCAUGUUAUGUUGUUUAGAAGAAGAGAAACAUCAAUUUAAUGAUAUUUGGCUAAAAGUAUAAAACAGUGGGCCAACUUUUUUUUUUAAAGAAUUUCUCAUUCACACUUUCAACCACUGAAAAAGACCCUUCUAUUUUAAGGCUGUAAGACUAUAAGGACAGAAGGGAAGCUGUAGCUUUUGCAUGUCAGCAAACUGCUGCUCUCUAGCUGAAUCUGAAUUUUUAAAAAUAGACAUAAAAGCAUAUACGUGAUUCAAAUGAGGGCCAGGGCUACCAUAGAAUCUCAGGGCUCUCUGCUCCCCUUUUGCUGGUUUUGUUUAGACAAAAGCUGCUGUCAUAGUCUCAGAAAAAAAAAAAAGAAAAAAAAAAGAAAUUUAGGAAAAAAUAUUGUGGUAAUCUUUUAAGUGCUUAUAGCUUUAAGUGCCAUUAAUGCUGUCAUAUUUUGUAACUUUUUAAACAAGUAUUUUGAGUUAUUUGGUUCAUUUUCUUUCAAGUACUAUCUUUGUUGGAAACUUGCUAUCCCUGUUAUUGAUAAAAACUAAACAUGAGCUCUCUGCAUUUCUAGACUAAAGUGAAAGGUAACUAAACUGUGGGCAUUUUUAAAAAUCCUUUGUGCUGUCUGGGCAUAUGGAUAUGAAAAAUAGAAUUGUGUUUUCAAAGAAAAUGCUGCAAAAUAAUUAAUGGGAAUUGCAAAAGAUACUAAAUUUUUAAAGUGUCAGCCUGUGGGCUACUGGGUGGGCCAUUGCAGACAGAAGAUUUUGCAUGCUGGAAAUGAGAUACACAUGAUUGUACCAGCAAUGCUUUCCCUGAGCUUUCACAAAAUUCUAAAUAUUCUUGCAAUUCAAACUGUAGGCUUAUAGGUAAGGUAAGCAUGGAUGUUGAUUGCAGAGACUCUUGCAAGCUAGUCAAACAUGCAGACAUCCCCAGGUCAUGCAGAUACAGACUUUUGGAAUUGCAUGCUGAUGUCUACACUCACAGAAGUGCAUGUACGAUUCUCUGAUACUUUCUGAGAUUUUAUGCACAAUAAGACAACUCAAAAUCAAACUGGCCACCAGAAUUCAAGACUGCCAUGGCUGUGAAUGGAAGCAUGGCACUGUGUAGGCAAAUUUUGAGUAUACAUAUUUGCAAAUCUAAUAACUCUGCUGAAUUUGCAGGAGGGAGCUAAAUUCCACUAGUGCAGAGGAGGAAAGAAGUUUUUAGUUUGUUCUGACUGUGGGUUAAUUUCUCUUGAAAUGAUUUAUCACAUUUCUAAUUUCAUUAUCUGUCUGAAAAUCAAGGAAGAAAAAGCAAUGUUUGAAAAAUUUCAGGUCAUUUGCAAUUGCUGUAACUCAAAAAGAUUCAAGAGAAAUUGAAUUCUGCUUAUUUCACCAGUGAAUCUCUUCAGGUGCAGGGCUACACUCUGGCUUCACCUUACCAGAGACAGGGCAGUAAGCCCAGUCCUUGGAGAAGGUUCCACUUAACUCAAGAGCUGCUGUGGUUUCUGGAGACUUCUGUGCCAGACAGCCCUGUGCUCGGCUUCACAAACACGGUGGCUGGUGGCCAUCCCAGCACCCCAUGCUCCUCUAGCCCCAGGCAGACACCAGCAAGGUGCAGGUCUCCUCAAGUUCUGGAGCUCUUUAAUCCAGAGCUUUAAUCUGUUACUGCUGGUUUUGGGUAGGCUUUGAGUUCCACAUAUGAGCAAAAGUUCUGAAGUCUCAUCCAUGAGCAUCACUAAUUGUGUAGUGUCAGGAUCGAUGAAACAUAUCUGGAUGUAGCAAGGUUGUUCAGGUCUGGUGUUUUAUUGGUAGGAGGAUAGGAGUGAAAGCUACAGUUUAGAUUUGUGUUUGAAUUCCAGAAAAGGUUCAGAAGUGCUGAGAUGUACAAUUUGGGUCAGAGAAUUGCAGUAAUUCCUUGUUACAUCAUCCUGCACUUUGCAUCUGUGAAGGAUCUGGCACCCAAAAGCAUCUCAUCUGACUCUGAAAGCAUGCAAUCCAUUCAGUUUUGCCAAUAAUUCUCCUUGGUUACCAAAUGCCAAGAUCAAUAUCAUGCAUGCAGUGUUAUCUGUUCUUCAGAUGGGUUCUUACAAGAAAUGCUUGCCUGCUAUAGAAAAGUUCUGCAUAGUCAUGCAGACAUCUGUAAGGAUAUGGGAGAUGCAUUUUCCAUAUGUGAAAUAUAAAGUUUAGCCAUUGCCAGGGCAUUUCUUCCGAUGAGGGUCAGGGAAAGUAAAGUCUGUCUUGUAGGAAUUUUCUGUGUGAGCAGUGAGUUGGACAAGAGAGAAAUCACAGAAAACAAGUCAACAUGGAAAAGUGAGGAGGCAAAAUUUGUUGGAGGCAAACUCAGAACUGUUUGCUCUGAUGCAAGAGAAGGACAUGACAUCUUGGCAUAGUUUUAAUCGUAACUUUCUGAGUUCUCAAUCUGUCCCCUGCCCAUAUUCUAGGUGAUGGUGUGUGUGUAUCAUUCUGCUUUCUGUUUGGCCAUGCCAUGCAGGAGCCCCUGGCUGACAUUUUAUCAGCUGUUUCUUCAGCAUCCCCUGGUUUGGGAUAUAAUAGUUCAGUGACAAAAGAUGAUGCUCAAUAAACUCUCAGUGAGACACUGAGCAGAGCGUCUGAUGACCUUUUAUAUGAAAACAAAAUGCUCUCUUUCAUCUUUCAUUCCUCUCCAUUUCUGUGUCUGUGAAACUUGCUGAGAAAGUUGCCAAGCUAUGACAGGAGUAAAUAUUUUCUGCUAGAUGAUUGUCUAUUAAAUACCUCAAUAUACAUAAUUUUUAUUAUAAUGUGGGAUAUGCAAAUGGUGUAUUUCAUAGGGGGCCAGACAGAAACAUCUUGACACCUAAGAUGAAAUUUCAAUGAGCUAAAUUGCUUUUCCCCUUUUAAAGGGCAUCCCUUGGUUUUAAUUGUCUGCAACAGCUUGAGAGAGAAUCUUAGUUCAAACAUCAAGUGUUUUUAUGGCUAAAAUUCUCAUCUUCUGGCAUUUAGUAACACCUAUAAAAAACUUGUCAUGUUAUUUCUAGUGAGGCUAUUCCACCAUUAUAGAAAUUUUUUAGCAAAAAUAGUCUGAACCAUAUCCAAAAUUUCUUUCUCUAAAUUAGGCCCUUUCCCAGCAGCCUGAAAAUAAGGCUGGGCUACUGAGGGGUGAGUUACUGACUUUAACUCUCUGAUCCUGCCCUGAGCAUAACAUGACUUGACAUGGGAAUUGGGACCUGAAAAACAAGGAAACAUGGAUUUUUCUGUAGCCCUCACACACAGAGGAUGACUCAACUGCUGUAUCCCUAUAGCUUUCAGCUCUGCAAUCCCACUUUCCAUUGCUUUGUGCAAGAGAAUUUUGCUAUGCCACUUUGGGGAUCCUUCUGAACCAUUAACCAUCCUAAACAUUGCUGAACUUAUGCAGCUACUGGUUUUCAAAAGAUUUGUAAUUUCAUUACCACUUAAUAGAGAACAUUAUUUCUAAUAAAUCCUAGAAAUAAUAGUAAAUAAAAUACAAUAAUCCCCGCCCCCCCCAGUGAUUUAUAUUCAUGGAACCUGAUUUGGAUUGUGGCCAUGAAAUUAUAAAUCACCCGAGCUUCUGCUGCCUGGCUUUAGGAUGUCGCUAGUACCAGUCUGCUUCCUCCAAAGCCAUUAAUGGACUAUGCCAGAGACUUUCUGCAAAAAUCUCUAACCCAUAAUAAAUGAAAUUAUGUCUGAGUUCAGGUUAUUAAAACCUUGUCCUUAAAAGCCCUUCAUUGAAGUAUUUGUGUUUAUACUGUACAUGGGCUGUUUGUUUGUCAGCUUUGGUUUUCUCAGGGGUUUAUUUGUGUUGUCAGGUUGCAUGAUGUCUGCUACUCUCACUUUUCCCAUCGACCUCUAGAAAUAAAUUAAAGACCAAGCAUCAUGUUAUGUUGUGUACUAACCUAGAGGAGGAAGUCUCCUACUAAACAGAUAUGAAUUUGAAAGGUGACUGGGGACUGUUUCUGUCCUUCCUGUACAUUUACUUGUUCUGAGCUAUGUUUUGUCUAAUCUAGGCCAAAAUCUGCCCCUGUAAGCUUGUGCAGUAAAGUGAAGCUGCCUUGUUAUUUUUAAGCUUUUUAUAGCAAAGACCUGCUGUUAUAAUUCAUCACUACUGUGCAAUUUAUACUUACUGGAAUGGCAUUAUAUCAAUACGAAACACAAAUAAGCUGAGCUUCAGAAACAGUUCCCUAGGCAUUUAAAUAUCAAUGAAAACACAAGGCAAAUCAACACAAAUAUGUGGAACUCAAAAAGAGGCUUGUAGAUUAAUGUAUGAAAGUGGUUGGCUAAAAUGUAUCACCAAAAAAAUGUAGAUCUGAAAAUUCCUUUGGGUUGCUGAAAUUUUCCCAAGUCCCCAUCUCCUUUACUAUCAGUAACAGUUAUUCUCCUUAAUACCAUUGCUAAACUGGACUGUAUUUUUUCCUCCUGCCACUGCAGUUCAUAACAUUGUUAGUCUCUGUGGACUUGGGCUGGGCUGUUGAAAUCAUGGAGGAAGCAGUUGCAAAAGCUAAUUUGGAGUUGUCCUGAUGUAGCCAGUGGAUAAUCUGUGAGCUGGAUCAUGCUGGGAUGGGAAGGUCACCCUAAAGGCAAGCCUUAUCCACCACACGGGUGAGUUCUUAGGAACCAGCUGGAGAAUGGCCCCGUGCUAACACCCCUCACAUGGCUCACACAACUGGCUCUUGCACUCAGAUUUUCUGGUGCUGCCUCCUCGCUCCAUGCAGAUAGAUGCAAACUUCUUGUGCUCCCUCCUCUCUGAUUACAGCUCAUAUCUGAGCUAAGUCUUAUCAGCAGGAAAUGACAGGGCUGCUGCUUUUGGGCGCAAGUUGACAUUUCUAUAGCAUUUAGCCUUUUGAGGCAAAGAGGAUCUGCUUUCCCUCGUUGAUCUUCAGAGCAAAGCAAAGGCAGGUGAUACUUGGCAUGUGAGGAUACUUUUGUCUCCCAAAUACAUUCUAUCCCCAAAGUCCUUUUUAUUGUGAGAGCUGGAUACUCUCAAGAGGAAAGCUAAUGGUGCCUGUUGUGAGAUGUAAGCUGAACAUACCAGCUUUCAGCCUACCAUUUAGCAGUUUCUCAGAUCUUGGAUUCAUAUAGUAGCUUUAAUUAGAAAAAAAAGCAGAGUUUGUGUCUAGAUCAUAUCUUCCCAACAAUUAAAAUUUAUUCAGGGCAGUGUAUCACUGUAGUUUUAGAGUGAUUUUUUCCCCCAAGUUCUAAAAGAACUUGAUCUAGAUCUUGGACAAUACUGAGAAACCACUAUUAGUAAUUUUCAGCUUUGUGUUUAAAAAAGAAGUUUCUUAAAAUUUGGGGAAACAUUUUUUUGGGAUGCUGUUCUAAAAUUUUUCCCUGAUGAACUUCAAGUUAUACUAUAAACAAUCAGUAAAACCGCUCACAAGGGUAUUCUAUCUGCUUUCUCGUCUCUGUCCCUCUUUCACUCUUUCUGUAAGAUUCAAUGGUGCUUUAGAAAGGCAUUCUCAGAAAAAUGAAGAUUUCAGAAAUGUCAUUUCCAGAGUGCAGAGCAGAAUGUGCUUGUACCAACUUGAUAAGUUUUGCUGCUAUUGUCUUUGUUUUAUGAUGUAAUGUUUUGAAAUAUUAAAAAAAAAUUGCAACAAAGACCAUCCAGAUGAAAACA